AUGCUCCUCCUUUACUGCGUCUGUUUUCUUUGCAGCUCCUAUGCAGUGCUUCAGCAUCGGCUGGCCGCGCUUGCAUCAACAGAGCUGUCGAUGCAAUCCUUACAAUCUCCCCCGACAAAUCGAGACUUGGGGGUUUCGUCGUUGACGGAGAUCAGCGAGGAGCGUUUUCCAAUGGCUCACAUGCUUGAUGUUCUUCUCCAACUCCCAUGA